AUGGGGCAGCCAGGCUUCUCGCGCACGGGACUGUGGCUGAGUAGGAGGGCCAUGAGCCGAUGCAUUUUGGAGCCCCGGCCCCCGGGGAAGCGGUGGCUGGUGGUCGGGCUGGGGAACCCUGGAAUGCCUGGCACACGGCACAGCAUGGGCAUGGCAGCGCUGGGGCAGCUGGCGCGGCGGCUGGGUGUGGCAGAGAGUUGGGCGCGUGACCGGCACUGUGCCACCGACCUCACCCUGGCCUCACUCCGUGAUGCCCAGCUGGUCCUCCUCUGGCCACGGCGGCUCAUGAACAUCAACGGGCACAGCGUGGCCCGGGCCGCGGAGCUGUUUGGGCUGACUGCUGAGGAGGUCUGCCUGGUACGUGAUGAGCUGGACAAGCCGCUGGGGAAACAGGCUCUGAAGUUGGGAGGAAGCGCCAGGGGCCACAGUGGAGUCCGUUCCUGUAUUAGCUGUCUCAACUCCAAUGCAAUGGCACGGCUGUGGGUGGGCAUCGGGUGCCCGACACACCCAGAUGCAGUGCAGGCCCAUGUGCUGGGCCGCUUCUCCCCAGCCGAGCAGGAGCUGCUGCCUCCAUUGCUGGAGCGCGCUGCUGACCUGCUCCUGGACCACAUCUGUGAGAGGAGCCAGGGGCCUUCGCUGGGCCCCUGAUGCCAGUGGACCCAGCUGCCUGCCUGCCUGUUGUGCCCACAUGCCCAGCCACAUCCACAGACGUGCCACGCUGACCUGUGGUAUCUGUUUUUAUAUAACUCUUCUCUGGGCUGCCCCCAGGCCACCUGUGGACUGAAGGGAGCAACUA